CCUAGAACACCAAUCUAAUCGAUUUUAAAAAUAGAAUCUCUUUUAAAUAGAGCAUCCUUCUUCCCGCGGUCUUUUUUGCAACGCCAACAGUCGUGUCCUUCCACGCAAGAAAUAGUCGUCGCGUGAGGUCAUCAUCUUUUAUCCUAGUUGGUCCUGUCCUCAGUCGAUUUCACACGCUGCAAACCGACGAGCACGCAUCAGAGUAGGCCUCUUUGUGCGUCGCAGCGCCUUCGAGGUAGGCACGCUGCAUCACAUCGCGGGUGUUUUUCGUGAAUAGUGAUUUUUUAAAAGUAAAAGUGAUGUGAUUUAACUAAAACGAUGUAAAAUUAGAUACAACAAUCUUCAAAAGUCGAAAACCAAUAGUCAAACAGUAUGUUUCACACGCAUCAUUGAUUGACGAAGCGCAUACUUGGAUACGACAACGACGACGACGACGAGACGAAACACGACAUAUCGCGACUGGCUGGCGCCGCAUGCUGUGAUGCUUUGGCCUCGUGCGUCGUCCUAAUGGAAAUUUGGAUGCGUUUUCGGCCGGACCAUGCCUACUAGGUUGGAGAUUGUCCUCAGCAACAGUUCCGACGGGAUUUUCUACCCCGGCCAGGAACUGAUUGGUGAUGUGAACGCAGUGCUGAGCAAAACUUGUAAUGUUUCAAGACUACGAUUAACAAUUUCCGGUGUGGGGAAAACGACCUGGUAUGAGCAAUACAGUGGUCGUGGCGCCACAACUUUCAAGGGAAAGGAACGAUAUCUCUAUUCGGAGCUUAUUUUGUUCCAACCUUUCAAUGAGAAAUCAAUGGAAAUCCCAGCCGGCACGUACAGCCACGGUUUCGCCUGUCAGCUUCCGGACACGCUUCCAGCGUCCUUCGAGGGCAAACGUGGCCACAUUCGGUACUUCCUGAAGGCCACCCUUGAGCGGCCAUGGCGCCAGUCAAAGACCACCUCGCUGAACUUCCAAAUCGUUCGCCAGCUAGACCUGAACAACGAAAUCCUGCUUCCCGUCAGAUCCGAGCUGACCAAAUCCCUCGGAUACUGGCCGUGCGUUCCAAGCGGAGUUCUAUACGCGUCCGUGGAGCUGCCAACCUCCGGGUUCGUUCCCGGACAGUUUAUCCCAGCCGUAAUCCAGGUCAACAACAAAGGAAGCAACAAAAUAACCCGAAUCGUUACCAUGCUAGUGCAGAAGAUCACCUACGCCGCACGACGCCCCAAGCUAACCGAAAAGGUCGAACGAUUCAUCGUGUGCAAAAACAUUACCCCCGGAAUAACGCUUCCCGAGGGUGGUGUCCUCGCGGCCGAAAAUCUCCAGGUGCCGUGGGUUCUACCGACCAGCAGCUUCUCGCGCGUCGUCCAGAUCGGCUACGAACUGGUCGUCGAGUUCGAGAUCGACAGCUGCUUCUUCAACGCGAACCAGGUGAUCCGAGUGCCGGUGGUGAUCGGGGUGAUCCCGACCCGGGACUCCAACAUGAUGGAGAGCAACGCCAUUCGCGUGUGGACGCGGAAGGCGUAAUCCGGAGAUGACUUAUGACGGACUAUAUAUUCCAUCUUGACAUCAGCUAUUUAUUACUGUUGUAAUCUGUUCAAAGUAUUAAAGAUUAUCUAUUCAUAUAAAUU